GCGCUCUCCCUCUCUCCGACACGUUGCGAGCACGAAGAAGAGGUCGAGCGGAGAAAAGAAGGGAAAAAAAGGGGGUUUUUUUGUGGCUUUUUUUUUUUUUUUUUUUUGUGUGGUGGUGUUCUCCAAUGGCGCCGUGGAAGCGCGCGGCGGUGGCAUGGAUCGUGAUCUCGAUCGCGCUUAUCGGCGUUCGCGCCGAGGAGGCGGCGGCGGCGGCGGCGGCGGCGGCGGAGGCGGUGGCGAAGGGGGAGGUUGCGGAUUCGGGGUUGAGGCUCGAGUUGGAGGAGCUACGGACGAAGAUCUCCGCCCUAGAGUCUAGCAUUGCGGAUCGAAACCAUGCGUUGAAGAAGAAAGAUGAAGGAAUUGCGCAGUUGGAAAAGGUCAUCGAAGAGAAAGCAAAGGCUAUUUCAUCGCUGCAGAGUGAGAAAGAAUCGCUGCAGAAAAAGGGUGCUGUUGCUGAGGAAGCAGGAAAGGCAUAUGCUCGGGCUAGUGAACUUGAGAAACAGAUAGAGAAUCUUAAAGCAGAAAUUGAGUCACAGAAUAAAAAGAGAAACACUUUGGAGGUUCAGGCUAAUGAAGCUGAGAAGAAAGUGCAAGAGUUGAACUUGAAAUUGGAAAGGCUCCAAAAGACUAGUGAAGAACAAAAAAAAAGGAUUCAGAAAAUUGAACGCGCUCUUCAAGUGGCGGAGGAGGAGUUGAUGAGAGCACAGUUGGAAGCAACAUCAAAGUCGAAAGAGUUGACAGAGGUUCAUGGAGCGUGGCUGCCGCCUUGGCUUGCUACCCAUAUUGGCGAUUUUCAGGAGAUUGCAUUAGCACACUGGGAGGAGCGUCUGAAACCUGCAUAUGAAAGUUUCUUACAAAAGGCAUCAGAAAAAACAAGAGAGGCACAAAAAUGGGCUGAGCCUCACUUGGAAACAGUUAAGACAAAAUGGAUCCCUGCUGUUAAAGAAAAAUGGGUAAUCUUUGUAAAGAAUGCUGAACCACACUUGCGGAUGGUCUCUUCAAAAUCUGUUGAAAUUUAUGAGGCAUCCAAGACUGCUAUUGCACCUCAUGUUGUCAGAGUACAGGAAUUUGCAGAUCCCUAUCUCCAGGAAGCUAAGAAGUUUUCUAAACCAUACAUUAAUCAAGUAGCUGAGAUCACCAAACCACACGUGGAGAAAGUGAGGGUCGCCUUGAAGCCCUACACAAAGCAAGUAGUUCGAUCAUACAGAAAGUUUCUUAAAUCAGCUAAUACAUAUCAUCACCAGGUACAAGCAACUCUCACGGAGAAUCUAAAGAAGCACGAAUUAACAAAAUCGCUUGCUACUAAGGAGCUGGUGUGGUUCAUGGCUUCUGCGUUGCUGGCAUUUCCUGUUUUCUUUCUGUACAGACUCCUGUCAGAUAUAUUUUGCAGUAAAAAGGCUAGGAAACCAUCAAGGAAUACCCAUAACCAUGCAAGUCAUGCAUCUCGGAGACCAAAGCGCAGGCAUACUGAUAAAUAGAUGAUGGAGAAUUAUUAUAAGUCUAUCUCUGCAGCAUUUAGCUGCAGAUAUCCGCGCUAUCCACAUCAUGCUGUGUCUGUACAAGAUGGGGAGCUAUAGACUUACAACUCCUGAGAAUAGGGAUCUUUUGGGUUAGGAUUUAGGGUCUUUUUUCGAAUCCUCGAUGUGAAAUUGCUCAAAACACUCUCUCACGCACAGACACCAAACAAUACGAAUCGCUUUUUUUUGGUCCAGAAACAGAUUCAGGACUCGUGCAGCUGUACUGUGUCGUCGUCAUCUUCACGGUCUUGUACUUGAAAAACUUCCACGUUUUUUGGGUUAUUUAUAACUAUCGAGUCGAUCUUGUGUUCAAGUCAUAUGCCGGUUUUGUCCUGUCAGAGCAUUACAUUCCUUUUCUUGCCAUGCGCAUUGUUUUAUUCACU